AUGGCCGAUCUAAAUUCACCGAGAUACGGACACGGAGCUGUAUUAAUAAACAAAAAAAUAUAUAUUUAUGGUGGACGUAAAGUUAAUAGAACUACUGAUCCAUAUGAAAUGGAUAAAAUAAAUAUUAUUAAUGAAUUUAUUAUACUUGAUGUAUCAAAGUCAUUUAAGACUGAUAAACCAACUUGGGAUGUUGAUAAUAGUGGUAGUGAUACUAAUCCAAAUUUAUAUAAUCAUGGAGUAACUUCAGGUGGUAACGAUUUAAUGAUAAUUUUUGGGGGUAUUUCUGAUACCAAUAGUUCAAUAUUAUGGUAUUGUAAUACAGAAAAUUCUAAAACAUUUCAAUCACCUAAUGUAAAUGUAUCAUCGAUUUCAAGUUCAAAUAGAUUUUUAUUUGAUAUGAAUUCAGAAGAUAAAUAUAUAUAUAUAAUUGGUGGAAUUGAAACCAAUUCACUUUCAACAGUAACAGAAUCAGAAGGAAUAAUUAUGAUAGAUAUAAGUAAUAUUGAAUCUGAUAAUAUUAUUUCUAAUUCUAUUAAUGCAAAUGUGGCAAGUUAUGAUCAUACCGCAACACUUUUGAAUGGAAAGAUUUAUAUUAUUGGUGGAUAUAAUGCGGGAUCUUAUGUAAAUAUGUCAUCAAUUAGAAUUUAUAAUACUAAAGAUCGUACAUGGGAUACAUCGUUAACAAAUGGUGAUAUACCUGAUGUACGUAGAGCGCAUCGAGCUGUUGAAUAUAAAAAUACAAUAAUAAUUCAUGGUGGAUUUAACGAAAAUGGGGAUACAAAUGAUUUAUUCAGAUUGAAAGUUUCAACAUUAACAUGGGAGAAACUUAAUGUUUUAGGUCCAGAUCCUGGAGCACGAUAUAGUCAUACAUUUAAUUUAGUGGGAAAUUAUAUUAUUGGAACUUAUGGCCUAUCAAAAACAAAUGGGUCAUUAAGUAAUAUCUUCAUUCUUGACCUAAACACUUCCUCAUGGACAAAUGAAUUUAAACCUCUUAUCGAAACAACUUCCAGUUCAUCUUCCAUUCCAUCUCCAACCAAUGUGGAUCGAUCAUCACCUAAAAAAUCUAGUGGAGGUAAAAGAUCGCCAUCUGCAAUAUCUAGAAUUGAAACUGUAACAAUAUUCUUCAUCAUCAAGGAAGAUCGGGAUCAACUAGUGAACGACGCACUGUGCGUCAAAAAUGUGAUAGAUCAACCUACCAGAAGUAAUACGGGAUUUCAUUAUUGGACAUAUAAGAAGUCGAAUUUUAGAUAG